CGGACUGUCAACAACCGAUAAUCUUUUAGUUUAACGUUUAAACUUUAACCUGCCGGUGCUUCUCAUGAUUACCGGAGGAUACAACACACACAGCUGGAGGAAGACGCUGAUGUCUUCAUGACUUGAUGAAUUAACUGAACAGCCGUCGACACACAGCAGCCUCUCAGAGACCAGUGAGACCAGUGAGACCAGUAUGGCUGCUGCCAACACCACCAAGAUCUCAUGGAGACUGCAGGAGUUCGAGGCUCACUCCAGCAGCGUUUCCUGUCUGGCUCUGGGGAAAAGCUCCGGCCGCCUGCUGGCCACCGGAGGAGAAGACUGCAGGGUGAACAUCUGGGCCGUCAGCAAGGCCAACUGCAUCAUGAGUCUGACUGGUCAUAAGAACCCGGUGGAGUGUGUCCAGUUCAACCUAUCAGAGGAGCAGGUCGUCGCUGGUUCACAGUCUGGAUCAAUACGAGUCUGGGACCUGGAGGCUGCCAAGAUUUUAAGGACUCUGAUGGGACACAAAUCCAACGUCACCAGUCUGGGCUUCCAUCCGUUUGGAGACUUUCUGGCUUCCAGCUCCAUGGACACAAACAUCAAGCUGUGGGACGUUCGGAGGAAAGGAUACGUGUUCAGGUACAAGGGUCACACUCAGGCUGUGAGGAGUCUGGCCUUCAGUCCUGAUGGGAAGUGGUUAGCUUCAGCCAGCGAUGAUUGUACAGUCAAGCUUUGGGAUCUGACUCAGGGGAAAACCAUCACAGAGUUCAGAGCUCACACCGCUGCCGUCAACAUCGUCCAGUUUCACCCCAACGAGUAUCUGCUGGCAUCAGGCAGCUCCGACAGAUCCACGAAGCUCUGGGAUCUGGAGAAGUUUUCUAUGAUCGGAUCUUUGGAGGGAGACACGAGUCCUGUCAGGUGUUUAUUCUUCAGUCCAGAUGGCGGCUGUCUGUUCAGCGGAGCCACAGACUCUCUGCGUGUUUACGGCUGGGAGCCGGACCGCUGCUUCGACGUCGUUCCUGUUGGUUGGGGCAAAGUGUCGGACCUGGCAGCCUGCAACCAGCAGCUGAUCGGCGUGUCGCACCAGCUGUCCAGCGUGUCGUCCUACGUUGUGGAUCUGAAGAGGGUGAAGAAGAGCGGCGGCUCGGUGAUCCAGGGAAUCAUCCAGGACAACCAGCCGCUCACAGAGCCGAAGGACCCGAGAGGAGCCGCGCUGCGCAGGAACUACGAGAGACCGACAACCACCUGCAGCUCUCAGAGGGUGAAGCAGAGCUCGGACGCUGACCGGCGGAGCCCCGAAGGAGAGCGACGGAGCCCCAGCGAAGACGAAGCCGACGACAAAAACGUUUCUUCGGCCGAGAUCCACAACGCAGAAGACUACAAGGAGAUCUUCCAGCCCAAGAACGCCAUCUCUCGAACUCCUCCCAAGAUGUCAGAGCCGUUUCCUGCUCCUCCAGAAGACGAAACAGUUUUGGCGAUCGGCCGUCAGCUGAAGGACAUGAUCUCACCUUUUCCCGACAAGCAACUGACUACUCCUCUGGCCUCCUCUACUCCCGUCCAGCGGGUGGAGCCGACGGUCGUCUCCUGUGUGAAGCGUCCCAUUCCUUCAGCCGUAGCGACUCCGGCGUUCUCCAACGUCAGCGACCCUCCUCAUCCUCCUCAUCCUCCUCAUUCUCCUCAUCCUCAUCCUCAUCCUCAUCCCGCCGUCACUGCCGCCAAAACAAAACCACAACCCAAAAUCAUCCUGAGCACCAGGAACGAACCGAUCGGACUGAACGUGGCCGACUUCCUGCCUUCGUCUCCUAACAACCGCGGCGUUGCCCUUAGCGACGAGGAGGCUCUGUCUCAGAUUAAGAAGGGUCAUGACACCAUGUGUGUGAUGCUGAGCAGCCGACACAAGAACCUGCAGACGGUCCGAGCCGUGUGGGCGCGGGACGACAUCAAGAGCGCUCUGGACACCGCUGUCUCUAUGAACGAUCUUUCUAUCGUAGUCGACAUCCUGAACAUCAUCAACCUGCAGCCGUCGCUAUGGAAACUGGAUCUGUGUAUGACGAUUCUCCCUCAGAUCGACAAACUGCUGCAGAGUAAAUACGAGAGCUACAUGCAGACCGGCUGUACGUCUCUGAAGCUCAUCAUGAAACAUUUCUGGAUGCUGAUCUCUGACACGCUGAAGGCAACGCCGUCCGUCGGAGUCGACAUCACACGAGAGGAGCGGCAUCAUAAAUGCAGAGUUUGCUGCAAGCAGCUGAAGAAUCUGAGCAACAUGGUGAAGAACAAGGCGGUGCAGGUCGGUCGCCAUGGCAGCGUCUUCAAAGAGCUGCAGCUGCUCAUGGCGCCGCUCGACGACUCGCUCUGACGCCGACCCGUAACCACGGAGACCGGGCCAUCAGCCGAUCAGCCGAUCAGCCGAUCAGCGGGCGGACUGAGAUCGGACAGAAACUUUGUGUCGAGUCGAUAAAAGUGUUAAAAUCAGAAUCACAAAAAAGUUUCAGUCUGACGAGUUCGACCGAACCUCGUCAGUCUGGAUCCUCCUGAGCCGGCCGGACGCCGCGUCACGUGACCGCGCUCGUCACCACGGCACCGAUGACACCGAUGACAUCAUCACUGAGAUCGAUUAAAAGCACCUUCAAAUUAAAACAGGUUGCAGCUCGUCGUUGUUCUAGAGGAGAUCCGUUAGCUCGACACGAUGAUGUCACACUUCACUCUUAACGUCUGAUCCUAAAACACACAUUCAAUACUUUGGCUUCUAACGCUCUUAUUUUGUAGAAGUCAUGCACCGGUCACUUCCUGUUCACAGAGAUCAAACAUGUCUGAACUUUUAAACGAUGCAACCUGAUUUAAUAAAUCACUAGUCUGUGAUUCACUGGGACUGUUUAAAGCAGUAAAUCAUCACUAAGUGUCUGUUAAACCUUCAGUAACUAAUAACUAGACUGUAACCAAGGUAACGAGCAGACAGGAAGUGACAUCACGCUUCAGUCUGAACACUAAACAAACACACGAUCCGAAGAAGUCUGAAAUAAAACUGAUUCAACGUUGAGUGAAGCAGCGACGUGUAAAA